CUCAUCUUGUCUGUGCAUUAGCCUGAGUCCAAAGAUGCCUCAGUUAUUGCAAAACAUUAAUGGGAUCAUCGAAGCCUUUGGGCGCUACGCCAGGACUGAGGGCAGCUGCCCGGUGCUUACCCGGGGGGAGCUGAAAAGGCUCCUGGAACAUGAGUUUGCUGAUGUCAUUGUGAAACCCCAUGAUCCUGCCACUGUGGAUGAAGUCCUGCACCUGCUGGAUGAAGAUGAUACAGUGACUGUGGAGUUCAAGGAAUUCCUGGUCCUGGUGUUUAAAGUCACCCAAGCCUGUUUCAAGACAAUGAGUGAGAGUCCUGAGGGGACUUGUGGAUCUCUGGAGUCUGGAAGCCUUCCCACUGGGGCCUCACAAGAGCUGAGGAAAGAACAGAGCAAGAGAGCUGAGGUGGGGCAGACUAGGGAAGGACAGAUUUGCGAGAGGAGCCAAUGUGUACAACACACUCUGGCCUCCAGGGGACAGGCAGGUGUUGGGGCUCAGAACCAUGCUCAGGAUCUUGGCCAGGAUAGGCAGUCUGAAUCUCAGAAACAAGAGAAAGAGCAGAUACAAGCUCGGAGAUAUGUGCAGCAGACCCAGAGAGUGGGAGAAGACAAGAGUCACCAGACCAGACAGAGGGAGUCAGAGAGACAGUCACAGACCAGGGAACAGGACAGAGCACAGCAGACAAGUGAAUUAGUGACUAGAACUGGAACUCAGACCCAGACAGAUGCAAACCAGAAUGUGGAGCAGGAUAGGAGCCAUCAUAUAGAAAGCCCUGACACACAGCCACAGGAGUCCACCCAUGGCCAGACCAGAGGGACUGAGGUUCAGGGUCAAGACAGGAGCCAGACAAGCCCGAUACUAACAGAACAUGUUCAGACACUGGGAGGUACCACCCGGGCCGUGGAGCCAGACAGGAGCCGUCAGAUAGGAAGCCCUGACACACAGCUACAGGAGUCCUCCCACAGCCAGAGCAGAGGGUCUGAGGUCCAGGGUCAAGACAGGAGCCAGGCAAGCCAGAUACUGACAGGAGAACGUGUUCAGACACCGGGAGGUGCCAGCCAGGCCAUGGAACUAGACAGGAGCCGUCAGAUAGGAAGCCCUCACACACAGCUACAGGAGUCCUCCCAUGGCCAGACCAGAGGGUCCAAGGUCCAGGGUCAAAACAGGUGCCAAACAAGUGAAGUGGUGACAGGAGAACAGAUUCAGACACAGGCAGCGUCACAAACCCAGACACACACCCAGGCCAUGGAGCAGGACAGGAGCCACAAUGCAAGUGACAUAGGAGAUAGAAAUGAGGGACAGACCCAGAGACAGUCAGACAGUGGUCACAGAUGGACACAAAUGAGCCACUAGGAGGCAGGAGAGAAAAAGCUGGGAGGACAGGCCCAGGCUGGGACAAACACUCUGACAGGCAGACAGGACUAGAGCAGCACUCACCCAAGAUGCAGUGUGACAGGUGGGCAGAGAGAGAGAGAACCCACAGUGGUUACCCAGGAGUGGGUGGAUGACCACACAAGGGAGAUGGAGAUCCCAAGGCAGGGGCAGGGCAGCCUGCACACUGGCAUGCCUUCGGCCCAGGGCCAGGAAUCAGCCCAGCCAGAAGGGAAGCGAGGCUUCACAGCCAGGAGGCUAUAUUCCUACUUUAAGAGCAACAAGCCAUGAAUAUCCCAGACCUGGACUCCAGUGUUCAGUACUGGAAGAAGACAGCUGCAGAGGGGUUGGUUUGUCCUGCCCUGACCAG